AUGCCUCGAUAUCUUUCGACUUGGACCCCGGAAGUGAAUCAAGUAUCCCACCAGACCGAGACACCGUCAUUGUCCGGACGGGUACAUAUUCUUGGCAUGGGAAAUAUAGGAAACUUCGUUGCGCAUGCUCUUGCUUCUAAAAAUUCGCCCCCGCCUAUCACGUUGUUGAUGCAUAAUGACGGGAUUUACCGUACCUUUUGCCGGAAGAAAAAGAGCAUUUCCGUCAAUCACAAUGGACUAGAAGAUGUCAAAACAGGGUUUGAUGUCCAGGUUCUGUCGGAUGAUGUAUGGCUUUCGGAAUCUCGCAGGCACAGAGACGACAGCACAGCGAUCGACGCCCCUAAUGCGGCGGAUGAGCUUCUUGAAAGAACCGAGGAGGGGCAGAUCGAAUGUUUAAUUGUUACGUGCAAGGCUUUUAUGACUGUGAGGGCUAUAUGGAAAGUUCGACAUCGCUUGACUACAGCUUCGACUAUCGUUCUCUUGCAAAAUGGAAUGGGGGUGGUGAAAAAACUCAAUGAGAUUGUGUUUCCGGAUGCAAAUGACCGUCCCAAUUAUGUACAGGGGGUCAUCAGUCAUGGUCUUUCUAUGCAAGAUAAAUUCCAAAUCGCCCAUCGUGGUGUCGGCACAAUAACCCUCGCACCGGUGGUUACAGACCAGAGUCCACCCCUUUUAGCGGAAGAAGACACUCACUGGGCACCAAGCACCAAGUAUAUUCUUCGCCUUUUAACCUUGACCCCAUCGUUGGUAGCUACAACGGAAACACCAGUUGGUUUGCUUCAAUAUCAGCUCGAGAAGUUGGCUGUGAACUGCUUAAUCAACCCGCUGACGGCCCUUUACGAUUGUACCAAUGGAGAGCUGCUGUACAUUUUCAAGGUGACUCGCACCAUGCGUUUGCUUCUAUUUGAAAUCUCGAGUGUCAUUUUUGCUCUCCCUGAGCUACAAGGAGUCCCGGGAAUCGAGGAUCGAUUUGCUCCAGAGCGCCUUCUUCGACUGACAAUGAAUGUUGCCAAUACCACUGCGGAGAACACUAGUUCCAUGCUUCAAGACCUGCAAUUGGGAAAAUUCACCGAAAUUGAUCAUAUGAAUGGCUGGAUCGUGGAUCGGGGCGAAGAACUGGGGAUCAAAUGUACAUUGAACUACAUGAUCUGCCAAAUGGUACGCAGCAAGUUGACCAUAAGACAACGAAGGGACAAUACCUCCAUUCCUCUUGACCAAGAUGAUAUUCAAGUGGCUGAAGACUUUGCCAGCCAGACAACAGUCAAGCAAGAUCAAUGA